UCAUUUAGAAAAUUGAACAUGUUUUCUCUAAGCUCCUGGCAUCUCCUCUUUCCUCUCUAUUUCAGCAUUCUUGUUAUUCAGACACACUGCGAUGAUCGAAAGACGUUUGUCGUGUACAUGGGGGAUCUCCCCAAGGAAAUGGAAGUCACAGAAUCCCAUCACACGAGUCUCGUUCAACAAGUCCUUGGCAGAAACUUUGCACCACAAGCUUUGCUCCACAGCUACAAGAAGAGUUUCAAUGGAUUUGCGGUGAGGCUAACACAAGAGGAAGCCAAAAAAGUGGCUGGAAUGGAGGGGGUAAUCUCUAUGUUCCAAAGCAAAAGGCACAAGGCCCAAACGACGAGGUCGUGGGACUUCCUAGGUUUCCCACAGCAAGUGAAAAGAACAAGUUUGGAGAGUGAUAUCAUUGUUGGAGUAAUCGAUUACGGAAUUUGGCCAGAGUCUGACAGCUUCAAUGAUCAAGGUUUCGGUCCACCACCCAAAAAAUGGAAGGGGUCAUGCCAAAACAUCACUUGCAAUAACAAAAUAGUAGGAGCAAAAUACUUUCCAUCCCUUAAGGAUAUAAAAAAGGAUGAUAUUAUAUCUCCAAGGGAUGCGAGUGGACAUGGGACUCAUUGUGCAUCCAUCGUAGCAGGAAACUGGGUUAACUCAGCGAGUCAGUCUGGACUAGGCUUAGGCACUGCAAGAGGGGGAGUCUCAUCAACUCGUAUUGCUACAUACAAACCCUGUUGGUCAUUAGGUUGUGAGGAAGCUGACAUUCUCAAAGCAUUCGAUGAAGCAAUCUCUGACGGUGUUGACAUAAUUUCCAUAUCACUUGGUCCUUCCAAAGUCAAGUUCCUUCCCUAUUUUGAGGAUGUUUAUGCAAUAGGGGCUUUCCAUGCAAUGAAGAACGGAAUUUUAACGUCAAUUGCUGCCAACAACUUGGGUCCAAAUUUGUUCACCAUGACUACUUUUACUCCUUGGUCGCUUUUAGUGGCAGCUUCUACAACUGACAGAAAGUUUUUCACUCAAGUUCAGUUGGGAAAUGGCAAGAUUUUUGAGGGCGUUUCGUUGAAUACAUUUGAUCUUCACAAUAAAAAGUACCCAUUGAUUUACUCUGGAGAUGCACCAAAUAUCACCGGUGGAUUUAACAAUUCCAAAUCAAGGUAUUGUAUUGAAAACUCAUUGAAUGAAGCGAUGGUGAAGGGAAAAAUUGUCUUGUGUGAUAGUUUUCCAAUGGAUGUGAGACUAGUAUCUGUGGUGGCUGGUUUUGUGGUUCCAACCAUUUCCGCAAAAGAUGCAGCAUCUCUUUUUUCUUUCCCUCUUCCUCUUGCUGUGCUUACUCUAAAUGAUCGCAAACCCAUUCGCUCUUACUCUAAAUAUGCUAGCAAUCCAACUGUUACUAUAUAUAAGAGUCGUGAAGGUAAAGAUUCUCUUUCCCUUUACGUAGUAUCCUUUUCUUCAAGGGGUCCGAAUCCAAUUACUCCUAAUAUUCUUAAGCCUGAUAUAACUGCCCCAAGUGUAGAUAUCUUAGCUGCUUGGCCUCCUGAGUCCCCUCUCCUUAAGGUGAAGAGAGACAAGAGACAAUCAAACUUCAAGAUAAUAUCUGGAACUUUCAUGGCUUGUCCUCAUGCUUCUGCUGCAGCUGCUUACAUCAAAUCUUUUCACCCCACUUGGUCCCCAGCUGCAAUCAUGUCUGCCCUAAUAACCACUGCUACUCCCAUGAAUCCUAAGCUCAGCCCAGAAGCUGAAUUUGCAUACGGAGCUGGACAAAUCAAUCCCAUUAAGGCAGUGACUCCUGGAUUGGUAUAUGAUAUUAGUGAAUAUGAUUAUGUGAGGUUCUUGUGUGGACAAGGUUAUGAUACAAAAAUAUUGCGAAACAUUACAGAUGAUGACAUCAACUGUAAGAAAAUUAAGCAUGAAAAAGUAAGGGAUCUCAAUCUCCCAUCUUUUGCUCUUAAGACAAACAUAUCAAAACCUUUGAAGGCAGAUGUUGGGGCAAAUGUUGGGGCAGCUAUGUCUAUAUACAAGGCUAAAUUGAUUGUUCCUUCAUCUCUGUUAACUAUUCAAGUGACACCAGAUGUUCUGUCAUUCUCUUCUGUUGGGGAGAAGAAGUCUUUCAUAGUGACCAUUGAAGGCAGCAUAAAUGUGAUUAUAGUCUCUACUUCAUUGAUUUGGGAUGAUGGCAAUGUCCAAGUAAGGAGCCCUAUUGUAGUGUAUGAUCUUGGUUGAGCACCACGGAUAUCCAUUAUCAACCUUGUAAAUUUUAUCCAAGGAAAGGAAGAAAACUUGUGGUAGAGUAAACUUAAUGCUAGUGGAAAAUGAUGAUUCACUCCUUAUUUUAAGUGUUUUUUUAAAUUACUUGUAAAAGUUCCAAGAAUAAGCACACUCAGCUUGUUAUAUUAUGUUUAGUUUAAUCAAUGUGUCAUUGUUUGCUUUCAUAUGUAUAAUAUAAAGUUUUUAGUA